AUGAUAUCAUCACGCGAUGACAAGGAUGUUAACUUCUACUCCGAGAAAGGAAAUCUGAAGUCGACAAUAAAACUACCAGAAGGUCACAAGGACCGUGGGAUGGCAUUUCACGAUGCCAUUCGUAAAAUAAUUGUCUUAACCUAUGUCAUGGAGAAAGAUUCAUACUUCCUUGUCUGUUACACUGAGACAGGCGAACUGCAAAGCUCAAUGUUGAUUUGUAAGACGAGUUAUGCCGAAACCUGA